AUGGGCGAACAGAUUGUAUGUGAUGUUUGUGGAAUAUUAGUAGAUUCAAAUAAAUAUGAGAGACAUAAGAAAUUUGGACAUAAAGAAAAGAUCAAAAAGGAUUUUUUAUGCGAGCUGUGCAAAAAAACCUUCACGAGUAUGCCGACAACUCUUGGUAUAUCUGGAUAUUUAAAUAAUUGUUCAAUAUUUAUUUCAGGUCUCUACAACUUGCAAUAUCAUAUGGCCCAUCACAUUAAUGCUAGAUCAUUUUUAUGUAACGAAUGCCCAAGAGCUUACAAUACAGCUGCUGAUUUAGCUCAACAUCAACGCAUGCAUGACAAAGGAAGAGAUCCCUUCAAAUGUGAAGAAUGUGGAAUGCUCUUUCAAAUUAGAAGCAAGUUUAAUACACAUAUUCGAAUCCACAGAACAGAAUCUAAGGAACCAAAAGAAUGUCAUAUCUGCAGGAAAAGCUUCAUUUGUUUAUCAAGUCACAACCGGAUUGUACACAUGAAUCUUAGAAGCUAUGCCUGUAAGUUCUGUGAUAAAAAGUUUGGUAAAAAAUCAGGUUUGGACCGGCAUGUAUUGACAGUUCAUGAGCAACAAAGGAAUUUUAAAUGUGAGCUUUGUAUGAAAGAUUUUGGAGAGAAAGCUCAAUUAAAGAAGCAUAAAAGAGUCCAUUCAUUAAUUAAAGAAAUAACAUAUUGUCCAAAAUGUAGGAAGAAUUUUAAAAAUAUUAGGCAGCACUAUGAAGAAAAGCACAGCAAUUUAAAACAUAUUUGUCAGAGUUGCUUUAAACGAUUUAAAAAUCUUCGAGAUCUUGAAAUUCAUUUUAAAACAAAACAUUCAACAUUCCGUUCAUAUUUCUGUGAUUAUUGUAGUAAGGGAUUUGCUGAAAAGUUUCAAAUAGAACGGCAUGUAAAGCUUCAUACAAAAAUUAUUAGUUCUAAUAAGAAUAUCAAAGAAGAAUUUGAGUAUUUUGGAAUAGAAAAGGUUUAUGUUGAUGAAUUGGAUCUUGAAAUUAAAACUAAAGAAGACAUCCAGUUUGAUCAAUUAGAAGAAAGAGCAAGAAACUUUGUCAAUCACGAAAACAUCUUUAAAAAUGAUUUGAUGAGAUUUGACAGCAUGGGAGUUGAUUUACGGAUACAAUACCAAAAAGAUUUUUCAAUAACUUGUGAUAAAUGUGAUGAGAAAUUUUUUACCAAACAUGAAGUCCAGCAACACAUUCAAUUUAAACAUUUAACAGUAAAUUCUCAACGAGAACUGAUAGCUUGUUUUGGAUGUGACAAUAAAUAUGAUUCAAAGGUCGAAAUGCAAGAACAUUUCAACGAAACUCAUGACACUUUAAAUGGCUUCCAUUGUACAUUCUGUAACAAAAUGUUUGGAAAAGUUAAGCUCCUCAAAAUUCAUCACCAAGCUAAUCACACAAGCAUUAAGUUUGAGUGUAAAGACUGCAAAAGAAAUUUUAAUUAUAAAUCAGCUUUAGAUCGACAUUACAAAAGAAAACAUUUAAAUGAAAGGAAUCAUAUAUGCAAUGAAUGUCAACGGCAGUUUGGAACAAAGUUUGAGUUGGAUCAGCAUGUUGAAGGACAUCAUCGAAAUCUGACAAUAGAAAAUCGGACAUGCAACUUUUGUAACAAAACAUUUAUAAAUGAAAGGAAUCUAGACAUUCAUUUGCAAGCCAUUCAUAGUAAUAGCAAGCAUGAAUGUGAAAUUUGCCAAAAAUUAUUUAGCUUCAAAUCAGCAAAAGAUAGACAUUUAAAUGUUGUGCAUUUACAUCAAAAAUUACACGAAUGUGAAGAUUGUAAAAAAACAUUCGGAACCAAAUAUGACCUUAAGAAUCAUUUCAAUCGCUUUCAUAAUGAGAACCCAUUUGAAAUUAAGAGAUUUGGUUGCCAUCAAUGCAAUAAGGACUUCGUCACAUCCAGUGCACUUUCAAGACAUCGUAAAGGUGUUCACGAAAACAUUAAACAAAAAGCACCAAAAGAUUACAGAUGCAAGAUUUGUCAUGAGCAUCUUAAUAACAAGUAUCAAAAAGAAAAGCACUUUACCCAAGUGCAUCUAAAUGGAAAUAAAUUGAAGAGAACUUGUGGAUAUUGUAAAAUGGAUUUUCAACUUUAUGAGAAUUUCAAAAAUCACAUUAACCUUCAUGCUGGAAUUUUUAUAUGCAUCACUUGUGGUGAUCCAUUUUCUGCUUUAGAAAUAUUAAAUCAGCAUGUCGAAAGUCACAAAAAAAUUGAAUUAAGAUUGAAGAGAUUUAUUUGUGAUUUAUGUGGACAUCGACUUUUUAAUAAGAUACAACUGAAUAUUCAUAUGAGAAAACAUGUGCAGCACAAAACUUUUUACGUCUGUUAAAUCUGCGGACAGAGUUAUAAGUUUAUUGCACCAUUUUUAUAUCAUAAGAAAUUACAUUCAGGACAAAAGGAAUUUAUAUGUAGCUAUUGCAAUAAAAGAUUUGUUCAAAAGCAGGAUUUAUUGAUCCAUACUCGUCAGCAUACUAACGAGGAACCUUUUAAAUGUCCAAUUUGCAGCAAAAGAUAUUCGCAGAAACAUGUUCAUUUACAAACACAUACAACAACUAGAAUCUCUUAUGAAUGCAAUGGGUGUGAUCAGACCUUUUUUGAUAAACCAAAACUUAAAUGUCACGAAGAAAAGGUUCAUCCUGAGAAAAAAUCAGUUGACUUUAUU